CUUUCGUUGUCAUUGAGGUUACAUGCAUACAUGACUUCGAUUUUAUAGACUUUAUUCACAGGUCAAGGUAUGAUUUGCCUGGACCACACGCUCUCAAGCCAAUGACCUCCUCACGCGCUGGUCCGACCGGAACCACAUCUUCCCCUUUCGGCAGUGGGUCUUCUUCCGAUGAAUUUCUGUACACUCCAGCCUCCGACAGAUCGGAGGAAGAUGGCCCCUCCUCCCGUGCUGCUCGUCCGACUGCAGGAGCUCUGAGGGUGCAGACGGAUUUCAGCAAUGAGGAUGACCGGUUGGGUUCUUCGGACGAUGAUAUCGACGACGGAUAUGAUUCUUAUGAUGAUGAUAUCCGGCCAAGCUCCAGCAGGGAUUCUCAAGAUCUUCGGAAGUAUACGCCCAGAGAAGAGCAACAGGUAGUCAAACGAUUUGAUCGCAAACUUGUUCCAUUCCUGGCACUAUUGUACUUGCUCUCCUUCCUCGACCGGUCAAACAUCGGCAAUGCAAAGAUCGCCGGCUUGGAAGAGGACCUGCAACUUUCCUCGUCCCAGUACGAAUGGCUUCUCACGGCCUUCUACAUCACCUACAUCCUCUUCGAAUGGAUGACGCUGAUGUAUCGACUGGUACCCCCGCACAUCUACAUCGCCCUGUGCGUGCUUGGAUGGGGCCUCGUCGCAUCGUUCCAAUCGCUCGCCAGCUCUUUUGGCGCGCUCGUCUUCCUCCGCGCAACGCUGGGCGUCACCGAAGCCGCCUUUGGGCCCGGCGUCCCUUUCUAUCUCUCGCUGUUUUACAAGCGGGAGGAGCUCGCCUUCCGCAACGGGCUCUUCAUCUCCGCCGCGCCGCUCGCCUCGUCCUUUGCUAGCAGCCUCGCCUGGGUGAUCGUCAGAUUCAGCAGUGAAGGUCCCAUCGCGCCCUGGCGCACCUUGUUUCUGGUAGAAGGGUUCCCCAGCGUAAUUGUAGCGGUCUUCGCCUGGCUCUGGAUCCCGGACUCCCCGGGGACAGCGCGCUUCCUAGACCCGCGCCAAAGAAUGAUCGCUCAGCUGCGCAUGGAGGACAUCAGCAGCAGCGCCAAGGGCCACCGCACUUCCUCCCGCCGACGUGACGGGUCAUUCAACUGGGUGGAAGUCCGAAAGACACUCGCAGACCCCAAAUCCUACAUAACAGCCUUCAUGUUCUUUAGCUGCAAUGUCGCCUUCAGCUCCAUGCCCGUCUUCCUCCCCACCAUAAUCGCGGACAUGGGCUACACCUCCCUCCAAUCCCAAGCCCUAAGCGCACCCCCCUACCUCCUCGCCUUUCUCACCGUCCUGCUUACAGCCUACUACUCCGACCGCCACCGCACCCGCAGCCCCUUCCUCAUCGCCCACGCCCUCCUCUCCGCGACCGCCUACCUCACCCUCGCGCUCACCGGCCAUUACCACGCCUCCAUCGCUAAACCCCUCCAGACAACAAUCCGGUAUUUGAGUCUCUACCCGGCCAUCGCGGGCUUUUUCUCCGCUAUCACGCUCAUCAUCACCUGGAGUAUGGACAACCGGGACGCGCAGGAGGGGAAGGGCGCCAGCGUCGCGCUACUCAAUCUCAUUGGCCAGUGCGGGCCGCUGCUCGGUACGAGGCUGUACCCUGCUAGUCAGGGGCCGUGGUAUGUUAAGGGAAUGGGGGUGUGCGCGGGCUGUAUGGUGCUCGUGGCGGGGUUGGCGGGGUUGCUGCGGGGGAUGCUGAAGACGGAGAACCGCAGGAGGGGGAAGCAGGGAAUGAAUAAAGGAGGGGAUGUUGAGGAGGAGGCGUUUGAAUUGGAGAGGAGGGGUGGCGGGGAGGAGAGUGAGGUGUUGAUUUUUGGAGAGGCGAGGAGGAGAGGCAGAUUCAGGAGUCGGGGAGAUGGGGGUGUGUUGGAUGAGGGGUAUAUUCUUUGAUUAUCAGAAUUUACUAAGGAUGCGUGGGAAUCUAGGGUGCAUUUAUUUAGUAUGGUUGAUGGGGCUUUUUGAGUACUUCAUGGCUCUAGGGAUUGGUUUUAUAUGGUUGGUGACGUAUCGAAUUGGGAUAUAGAUUGCUCUCUGCUUUUAGUGGCUUGAUAAGUUGUGUUGGGAUGGCUGGUUUGAUCCCCUAUCACUCUUGAAUUAGACGCAGUCUGCAGGUAC